AUGGCGUUAACUAGUCGAACACUGCAGUGGCAGCCAGGAGGGGUCAGGAUCACCAAGGUGGACUGGCAGCAUUCAGAAAAUGGUGCUGCCCACCACACCCAAGAUUACCCUUGCCCUGAGCUGGUGGUUCGAAGGGGCCAGUUAUUCAGUCUCACCCUGGAUCUGAGUAGAGUCCUGGACAGCGACGAGGCCCUCAUCUUCACCGUGGAGACAGGACCCCACGCAUCUGAGGCUCUCCACACCAAAGCCAUAUUCCAGACAGCAGAGCUAGAAAUAGGUGACACCUGGACAGCUGUAAAAGAGGAGCAGACAGAGAAUACAAUCACCGUCAGUCUCUCCAGCCCUUCCAAUGCAGUCAUUGGCCGAUACCUGCUGAGUGCCAGGCCCUCUUCCCGCCGGAAACACAGUGACCGGAAGCUGGGCCAGUUUAUUCUCCUGUUUAAUCCCUGGUGCCCAGAGGACGAUGUGUUUCUGGACUCAGAGGAGGAGAGGCAGGAGUAUGUGCUUAACGACAGUGGCGUCAUCUUCCGAGGAGUGGAGAAGCACAUCCGAGCCCAGGGCUGGAACUACGGGCAGUUUGAAGAAAACAUCCUGAACAUCUGCCUCUCCAUCCUGGACCGAAGUCCUAGUCACCAGGAUGACCCAGCCACCGAUGUGUCCCACCGCCACGACCCAGUCUAUGUCACCAGGAUUAUCAGUGCCAUGGUGAACAGCAACAAUGACCAAGGUGUGGUACAAGGCCAAUGGCAGGGCAAAUAUGGUGGUGGCACCAGCCCACUGAACUGGCGUGGCAGUGUGGCCAUCCUGCAGAAGUGGUUCAAGGGCAGGUACAAACCAGUCAAAUAUGGUCAGUGCUGGGUCUUCGCGGGAGUCAUGUGCACAGUCCUCAGGUGUCUGGGGAUCGCAACCAGGGUGGUGUCCAACUUCAACUCAGCCCAUGACACCGAUGGCAAUCUGAGUGUGGACAAAUAUGUGGACUCUUACGGCCGAACCCUGGAGGACCUGACAGAAGACAGCAUGUGGAAUUUCCACGUCUGGAAUGAGAGCUGGUUUGCACGGCAGGACCUGGGCCCAUCCUAUGAUGGCUGGCAGGUUCUGGAUGCCACACCACAAGAGGAGAGCGAAGGUGUGUUCCAGUGUGGCCCUGCCUCGGUCACGGCCAUCCGUGAGGGCGAUGUGCAUCUAGCCCAUGACGGCCCCUUCGUCUUUGCCGAGGUCAAUGCCGACUAUAUCACCUGGCUGUGGCAUGAGGACAAGAGGCGGGAGCGUGUGUACUCGGACACCAAGAAGAUCGGCAGGUGCAUCAGUACCAAGGCCGUGGGCAGUGACUCUCGCGUGGACAUCACAGGCCUCUACAAGUAUCCAGAAGGGUCACGGAAGGAGAGGCAGGUGUACAGCAAAGCUGUGAAGAAACUGCUCAGCGUGGAAACCUGGGGGAGGCGGCGGCGGAUCCGCAGGGCCAGCGUGCGUGGGGUCUGGCGCGAUGACCUCCUGGAACCUGUCACCAAACCCAGCAUCACCGGCAAGUUCAAAGUGCUAGAGCCACCGUUGCUCGGCCAGGACCUGAAGUUGGCUCUGUGCUUGACCAACCUCACCGCCAGGGCCCAGCGGGUCAGAGUCAAUGUGAGCGGGGCCACCAUUCUCUAUACCCGAAAGCCGGUAGCAGAGAUCCUGCGCGAAUCCCACACCGUGAAGCUGGGACCGCUGGAAGAGAUGAAGAUCCCAGUCACAAUAUCUUACUCUCAAUACAAAGAAGACCUGACAGAGGAUAAGAAGAUCCUGUUGGCUGCCAUGUGCCUUGUCAGUAAAGGGGAGAAGCUCCUGGUGGAGAAGGAUAUUACCCUGGAAGACUUCCUCACCAUCAAGGUGCUGGGGCCAGCAGUGGUAGGAGUGGCAGUCACUGUUGAAGUCUUGGUGACCAACCCCCUCUCAGAGAGCGUAAAGGACUGUAUGCUGAUGGUAGAAGGCAGUGGCCUUCUCCAAGGACAGCUCAGUAUCAAGGUGCCCAGCUUGCAGCCUCAGGAGAAGGCCUUGAUCCAAUUCAACAUAACCCCCUCCAAGAGCGGCCCAAGGCAGCUGCAGGUGGACCUUGUCAGCCCACAGUUCCCCGACAUCAAGGGCUUUGUGAUUAUCCAUGUGGCUACAGCCAAGUGA